GGAGCGUCGGAUAAAGCUGUGCGAUGAAUGAGACAGGAGACUGUCAGAGGGCAGAGGGGUGGAUGAUGAUGACGAUGAUGAUGAAGAUGAAGGAGGAGAAUGAUCAAGCCAACGAAGCAUCACCGUCGUAGUUUCUCGUCACCUUCAUGCCUGAUUUGGAGAAAUACCGAGAAAAAAAAUAGCACGUAGAUACUCCUCCGUACAGAUGCUGGAGCUCUCGCCGACGUAAGCCAUCGGGUGAAGCGGAGCUGCUGUCUAAUCUCAGAGGAGAGCGGAACGUGAUGGUAAAACCCGGAGAGGGAACCAAAUUUCUUUUGUAUCAUCUCCAGGAGCAACGGAGAGAAUGGAGCGCCGUCUGAAAGGAAGAUGUUUGUCGCCUCCGAGCUGCAGUAAAUGCCUCACAUGCAGUAAAACUCAGUAAUAUUUCUCAGCGGGAGGCUUUUUUUUUUUGGUGUUGUUUUUUUUUUUUGUUUGUUUAAUGGCACGUCGGACUAUGGUGAAAAAUAAGCGACUAAAGCUGGGAUUUAUGAACUCACGCGGCUUGUUAGAAUAGGAAUGUGAAUAUUUUUUUCCCUUUUUUUUCUUAUUCAUCCCACUUCUUGGGAGAUUUGACACCAGCUCCUUCUAUUUAUAAGCGAGCUAAAACCGUAUUGGUCAAGACUCGGUAAUGUUUCGAACACUUUUACCAGCAUUUACUGUCGAGCCUUUCAGUAUUUUUUCCCCCGCAACUUUCAACUUAAAAUAGCCUAAUUCUGCCUCUAAACCAGGCUCCGCUCGCCGUCAACCAGCUCCAUAAUCCGUUAAAGUCGAGCAGCUUGCUUAUUUGGCUAACGGUAGCAGCAACUAGCGCCUGUGCUGCUGUUGUGUUGUCGGUCAUCAUGCAUGCACCGACACGUUUCGCUCCGACGAGACCAGCCGAAAGGAUGUGCCCAAGGGCAUAACAGCACAGCCAGCCAUGUCUGAGUGAGAGACCGCAGAGCUGUCCAGAACCCCGCAGCGAGCAGAGCGGCUUUAUUCAGAGGGGGGAGAGAGCGGAUCAACAUCAGCAGCAACUAGCCCGUUCCCCCCCUCAACAGGAGACCGUGGACUGGAUCAUUUCCGACCCAACUUGGCACCCAAACCGAGCAGAAAUGGGUGAGCAGCCCAUCUUCAGUACGCGGGCCCACGUCUUCCAGAUCGACCCGAGCACCAAGAAGAACUGGGUUCCUACGAGUAAGCACGCCGUCACAGUCUCCUACUUCUUCGACAGUACCAGGAAUGUGUAUCGAAUCAUCAGUCUGGACGGCUCCAAGGCUAUCAUCAACAGCACCAUCACCCCCAACAUGACCUUCACCAAGACGUCGCAGAAGUUCGGCCAGUGGGCCGACAGCCGGGCCAACACCGUCUACGGCCUCGGCUUCUCGUCCGAGAGUCACUUGAGCAAGGCGAGUUGGGAUUAUGCGUUGCUUAUUUUGUUGAAUUUCCGACAGAGCAGCAGAGUCAGCUGCUCCCCCCUCUGGUUUCAGUUUGCAGAAAAAUUCGCCGAGUUCAAGGAAGCGGCCCGGUUAGCGAAGGAGAAGUCCCAGGAGAAGACGGAGCUCAGCAGUACGCCCUCGCAGGAAUCUGCGCCAGGUGACCUCCAGUCACCUCUGACCCCAGAGAGCAUCAACGGUACAGACGAGGACAGAGUCACGCCGAACACGCCGAAGUGCAGCGAAGCCAGAGCAGAACUGGCCCAAAAUGCUUUACCGUUCUCUCACGGUUCCUCGAGCAUCAACAAGCACUGGGAGGCCGAGCUGGCGGCGCUGAAGGGGAACAACGCCAAGCUGACGGCGGCCCUGCUGGAGUCCACAGCCAACGUCAAGCAGUGGAAGCAGCAGCUGGCGGCCUAUCAGGAGGAGGCGGAGCGGCUACACAAGCGGGUGACGGAGCUGGAGUGCGUGAGCGGCCAAACGACGGUCAUCAAGUCUCAGAAAACGGAGCUGAACAGAACAAUAGAGGAGCUGGAGGCGGCGUUAAGGGCCAAGGAGGAGGAGCUGGAGAGACUUAAGGUGGAGGUGGAGAGUGCCAACGAGUUUAAGUUUCAAAAAGACGCCCUGACACAGAGACUGAAGGAGACGGAGUCGAGGAACCAGACGCUGGAGGCGCAGCUGUGCGACCUGGAGCAGCGGCUGGAGAGCAGCCAGCUGGAGCGGGAAGCCUACGUCAAGAGCCUGCGCUCCCUGCUGGAGCUGCUGGACAGCAAGAUCUUCGAGCUGACGGAGCUGCGCGACACGCUGGCCAAGCUGGUGGAGGGCAGCUAGAGCUCCUCCACCGCCCGACGUCGUCACCAACACAACUUGAAAUCUCUUCUCUCUCUUUUGUUUUUUUUUUUUGUACACGUUAAAGAGUUUACACGACUUGAUGCAUUAGCGGUAGACAAACUUCGCCACUUCAGAGCACUCGGAUGGUUUACAAACAGCCAAGCGAAGCCUUUCCUUUGCUCCACUGUGGAAAACCUUCUCAUUGUAAUUUAGAUUCUUUGUUUUUUUUUGACCACCAUGAUAUGCUAAUCGACUGCGCUUCAGUGGAACACCGGAGCCGCCGCCUCGACUCCACGAUUACGCUUCGACGUUUUUCCUCACUUGUUCACUGAAAUCAGCCAAACUCGCAGGAUGAAGAGAUAAUCACAGGAACUGCCACACGAGGAUGUCGGUUCGUCUUAUAUUCUUCUACGAUUUAUGAGCAAUACGCUAAAGGAGGGACUGCGAACUCUUUCCACUCUCACUUUCAGGUAACCUUCCUGCUCCUGCCGACUGGUUUGAACCAAAAGCGAUUCAGGAUUUUCUUCAGUCUCUUCUGUUUGUGUGGGUGAAUCAGAUUUCUUUCCGUUUUUGUUUUUCUUUUUCCCCUUUUCGAUGCAUUUUUAAGUGCAAUGGUUUGAAUUGAGUUUUUUUUAUUAUUAUUUAUUACUAAAAUAUUUAGAAUAAUAAACAUUGUAAAAUGUUAAUUUAAUUUUAUUGUCUGGUGCGUGGCUGUGAAGACGGUUUCAUUUCCGAGAGCUUAAGGAAAUCGUGACGUAUACGACCGAAUUAGUUUUUUGUUUUUUUUUCUUUUUGCCAAAUACUGUUUGUUCCUGCACAGAUCUGAACUCUUGCUGAUGUUGCCUUGGGCACCAAGAUGCAUCAAUGGUAGCUAACUGAUGGUACGUUUGGGCUUUUUAUUUAUUUUUUUCUUGCGGGAUUACCUGUUGCCAAAAAUGAAAGAAUAUGCUACAGUAUGAACACCUGCAGAACACUAAUUUAAGGGCUUGUUCUUGGUUCGGGUCAAACGUGGGGUGACUUUUAGCGGCGGCUUUAAACUUUAAAGGCGACCAUGUGUGGCGUUGUUGCUGAAAAAGUCAUUUGAAGGAAAAAUUUUAAAUGUGGAGUGAAGACACAUGCUGAUAAAACACAAAUUGUAAUUUUGAGUUUAUAUUAAAAGAAAAUCUGAUGAAGGCAGUGCUUUGGUCUCUUUAUUUUGCAGUCUGGAGAAUCAUAGUAGUUCUCCAGUUCAAUAAAAAAAAAAAAAAAAAACAGAGCAAACAUCAGCUUUGGUUUGUACACAGAUAUAUAUUUUGCUUUUAGUUUUAUGUCAGUUUUGGUCCUCCAUAGAUACACUCCGAACAAGAUGGUAAAAAAUAAAAGAAAAAUCUCAGCCACUGAAAGGGUCAACAUGAACUUCCAUAUGUAUAAAGUUUUAUAGAUCAGCCACCACUUAUUGCUUAAAUAGUCUCUCUUCUUCAAUGCUUCAAAAAUAAAAAUGAAAGAACUUUAAAAAGACAGAUUUUUUGGUGCUUUUAAUAUGAAAAGAAAAAUAAAGAUUUUUAUUUUUUUUUUGGUUAUGGAAAAGCAGAGAGAGGAAUGGCGUGAUAGGGAACAUCAUCAAGUACAUUUAAAAACAUCUUUAAAAUAUGACGCUUCAAUAAAUACUUCAAUACAUUUAGGCAUGUGGAUACAUUUCUCUUGAUUUACAUUUGUCAACAGUACAAAUCAUAAAAUGAGUUUGUUUUUUUUCCCCUCCGAUCUUCAUUAUUGCACAUACGUUGUGAUGGGUUUGCCCUCCUCAAGCCAGUCUUGUGCAAAAGUUGCUCAAACUGGACGCUAGUUUAACAACAACCA